ACCAGGAGAUUGCGAGGGAGCGAUGCGGUGCCGCGCGAUUGAAGUAAAGCCCUUGGUGAAGUUCACCAGUAGGGAGUUCAGCUUGAAGAGGAUGCCGUCCCGAAAACAGACAGGGGUCUUCGGAGUCAAGAUUGCAGUGGUCACCAAGAGAGAGAGGUCCAAGGUGCCCUACAUCGUGUGCCAGUGUGUGGAGGAGAUCGAGCGCCGCGGCACGGAGGAGGUGGGCAUCUAUCGUGUAUCCAGAGUGGCCACGGACAUCCAGGCACUGAAGGCAGCUUUCGACGUCAAUAACAAGGAUGUGUCGGUGAUGACAAGCGAGAUGGAUGUGAACGCCAUCACAGGCACGCCGAAGCUGUACUUCCGUGAGCUGCUGGAGCCCCUCUUCACUGACGAGUUCUACCCCAACUUUGCGGAGGGCAUCGCUCUUUCAGACCCGGUUGCAAAGGAGAGCUGCAUGCUCAACCUGCUGCUGUCGCUGCCGGAGGCCAACCUGCUCCCCUUCCUUUUCCUUCUGGACCACCUGAAAAGGGUGGCAGAGAAGGAGGCAGUCAAUAAGAUGUCCCUGUGCAACCUCGCCAUGAUCUUUGGCCCCACGCUGCUCCGGCCAUCAGAGAAGGAGAGCAAGCUCCCUGCCAACCCCAGCCAGCCCAUCACCAUGACUGACAGCUGGUCCUUGGAGGUCAUGUCCCAGGUCCAGGUGCUGCUGUACUUCCUGCAGCUGGAAUCCAUCCCUGCCCCAGACAGCAAGAGACAGAGUAUCCUGUUCUCCACCGAAGUCUAAAGGCCCCAGUCCAUCUCUAGGAGGUGAACAGACGGCCUGGAAACCUCUGGCUAAUCGGGCCAUCCGUAGAGCGGGAACCUUCCUGAGGUGUCCUUGGGCCACCCCCAAGUGUCGGGCCAUCUGCCAAGAGACAGCGACCCGAAGCCGAAGGACAGGUGACUGGACAGAUCCCGCCCAGGUCUGGGAGCCCCAGGCUGGCCUCAGACUGGUUUUUCCAUGCAGCCACCUGAGGGCGCCCCCAAGCCAGUGCAUCUCAGAGGCCAGGCCUGGCCCUGGGAGACAGGGUGAAGGGAGUGGUUUUUAUGAACUUAACUUACAGAGUUUAAAAGAUUUCUACUGGAUCACGUGUCAAGAUGCGCCCUCUCUGGGGAGAAGGGAACGUGACCGGAUUCCCUCACUGUUGUAUCUGGAAUAAACGCUGCUGCUUCAUCCUG